GGAUCUGGCAUUUCCUGCCUGAUUCUCCGUCAUUCACCAGACGCUCUCCUGUAGUUUGGGGACUGACACGUCUGUUCUGACUGUCAGUAAAAGUGAAGCUGGUGAUAAGGCUGAGGAGAGGAGAACAAACAGAGAAGAGACUUUACAGUAGCCAAAAUGACUUCUAAACUGGAGGAGGACCUCACCUGUAAUGUGUGCUGUGACAUCUUCAAGAAUCCUGUGUUGUUGACCUGCGCUCACAGCAUCUGUAAAGCCUGUCUGCAGCAGUUCUGGGAGAGCAAAGGAUCCAGAGAAUGUCCCUACUGCAGGAGGAAGUGCUCAAAAGUGGUUUACCCUCCUAACAUGGCAUUAAGGAACCUGUGUGAGACCUUCUUAAAUGAGGGAAGUCAUAGAGCUUCAUCAGGGUCUGAGGUGCUCUGCAGUUUUCAUAGUGAGAAACUCAAGCUCUUCUGUCUGGAGGAUGAACAGCCUGUGUGUCUGGUGUGCAGAGACUCCAAAAGACACACCAACCACAAGUUUCACCCUAUUGAUGAAGCAGCGCUUGACCGCAAGGAGGAGCUCAAGAUCAAACUGCAGCCAUUACAGAAGCAACUGAAGACCUUUGAGAAGACUAAAGUCACCUGUGAUCAAACAGCAAAACAUAUCAAGACUCAGGUCCAGCACACAGAAAAGCAGAUCAAGGAGGAGUUUGAGAAGCUUCACCAGUUUCUACGAGAUGAAGAGGCUGCCAGGAUAACUGCACUGAGGGAGGAAGAGGAGCAGAAGAGUCAGAUGAUGAAGAAGAAGAUUGAGAAGAUGAGCAGAGAGAUUUCAUCUCUUUCAUGCACAAUCAGAGCCAUAGAAGAGAAGAUGGGAGCUGAUGACAUCACAUUCCUGCAGUGUGAGCACAGACCAGGGACCAGAGGCAACCGUGCUCCAGUACGGUACGGGUGA